AUGUCGACGACUGUCAAGAUCCGUGCGGCCACCCUCUCGGAUGCCGGAGCCAUCGCAAAAGUCCACGUCAUCGCAUGGCGUACUGCGUACGUAAACAUAAUGCCGCAAACCCACCUUGACAGCCUUAGAAUCGAAGAAAAAGUCACGCUAUGGAAGCAGAUCUUGUCGGAUUCAUGUAAAGCCGCCAACGUUCUCGUCGCCGAAGAGCAGACGCAGGGGACACGUCUACUGGGCUUCGUCAGCUUUGGUGACGCCGCUGCACCAUCCCCAAAUCGCAGAGCUUUCGUGAAUGGCGCCAUAAAGACAGGCGAGCUUCGUGCGAUCUAUGUUGAUCCUCAAGACUGGUCCAAGGGUGCUGGCCGGCAGUUGUGGAAGGCAGCACAAGAGCAGCUCAUCGAAGCCCAGUUCACGACUGUUGCGGUUCUCGUGCUAGCAAAAAACGAGCGAGCAAUUCAUUUCUACGAAGCUGUGGGAUUUGCAAAAGAUGGCGCUGGGUCGAUUGAGGUCGGAGGGGCGAGUCUUGAGACUGUCCGAUUGACCAAGGCGCUGAAUUGA